UCCGGACAGCAGCCUGAGCCCGGAGCGCGCUCCGCUCCGCGCAGCACCACGCGCGUCCCGCGAGCGUCCCCGCCGAGCGCACCAGAGCUCCCGCGUCAUGAGCAUCCGGACAAGGCGCUGAGCGACCGCGGCGAUGUCGGGGCGCUGGGCUCCGGGCCCCAGGUGCGGGGUCCUGCUGGCGCUGCUGCUGGCGCUGGGCGAGCUGCCGCGGGCGCGGGGCGUGGAGGAGGAGCCCGGCGGCGCGCACGGGGAGGCCCAGGGCUUCCAGGUGGUCACCUUCGAGUGGCACCACGUCCAGGACCCGUACAUCAUCGCGCUGUGGAUCCUCGUGGCCAGCCUGGCCAAGAUCGGCUUCCACCUGUCCCACAAGGUCACCAGUGUGGUCCCUGAGAGUGCCCUGCUCAUCGUGCUGGGCCUGCUGCUGGGCGGCAUCGUCCUGGCGGCCGACCACAUCGCCUCCUUCUCACUCACACCCACGGUGUUCUUCUUCUACCUGUUGCCGCCUAUCGUGCUGGACGCUGGCUACUUCAUGCCCAACCGGCUCUUCUUUGGCAACCUGGGCACCAUCCUGCUGUACGCGGUCAUUGGCACUGUGUGGAAUGCGGCCACCACCGGGCUGUCGCUCUACGGCGUCUUCCUCAGUGGCCUGAUGGGAGACCUGAACAUUGGGCUACUGGACUUCCUCCUGUUCGGCAGCCUGAUUGCCGCCGUGGACCCGGUGGCCGUGCUGGCCGUGUUUGAGGAGGUGCACGUCAACGAGGUGCUGUUCAUCAUCGUCUUCGGGGAGUCCCUGCUCAACGAUGCUGUCACUGUGGUCCUGUACAACGUGUUUGAAUCUUUUGUGACUUUGGGUGGUGACAAGGUGACCGGCGUGGAUUGCGUGAAAGGAAUAGUGUCCUUCUUCGUGGUGAGCCUGGGGGGCACGCUGGUGGGCAUCGUGUUCGCCUUCUUGCUCUCCCUGGUGACACGCUUCACCAAGCACGUGCGCAUCAUCGAGCCUGGCUUCGUGUUUGUCCUCUCCUACCUGUCCUACCUCACGUCCGAGAUGCUGUCCCUGUCGGCCAUCCUGGCUAUCACCUUCUGUGGCAUCUGCUGUCAGAAGUACGUGAAGGCCAACAUCUCAGAGCAGUCGGCCACCACAGUGCGUUACACCAUGAAGAUGCUGGCCAGUGGGGCCGAGACCAUCAUCUUUAUGUUCCUGGGCAUCUCAGCUGUGGACCCUCUCAUCUGGAAGUGGAACACAGCCUUCGUGCUCCUGACGCUGCUUUUCAUCUCUGUGUACAGGGCCAUAGGGGUCGUCCUGCAGACCUGGAUUCUGAAUCGGUACCGGAUGGUGCAGCUGGAGAUCAUAGACCAGGUGGUCAUGUCCUACGGCGGCCUUCGAGGAGCUGUGGCUUACGCCUUGGUGGUCCUCCUGGACGAGAACAAGGUCAAAGAGAAGAACCUGUUUGUCAGCACCACCAUCAUCGUCAUCUUCUUCACCGUCAUCUUCCAGGGUCUGACCAUCAAGCCCCUGGUGCAAUGGCUGAAGGUGAAGAGAAGUGAACAGCGAGACCCCAAGCUCAACGAGAAGCUGCACGGCCGGGCUUUCGACCACAUCCUCUCGGCCAUCGAGGACAUAUCAGGGCAAAUCGGACACAAUUAUCUGAGAGAUAAGUGGUCGAAUUUUGAUAGGAAAUUCCUCAGCAAAAUCCUCAUGAGAAGGUCAGCUCAGAAGUCUCGAGAUCGGAUUCUGAACGUUUUCCAUGAGCUCAACUUGAAGGAUGCCAUCAGCUAUGUGGCCGAGGGAGAGCGCCGUGGGUCCCUGGCUUUCAUCCGUUCUCCCAGCACGGACAACAUGGUCAACGUGGACUUCAGCACCCCACGCCCCUCCACUGUGGAGGCCUCUGUCUCCUACCUCCUGAGGGAGAACGUGAGCGCCGUGCGCCUGGACAUGCAGUCCCUGGAGCAGCGGCGGCAGAGCAUCCGGGAUGCGGAGGACAUGAUCACUCACCACACGCUGCAGCAGUACCUGUACAAGCCCCGGCAGGAGUACAAACAUCUCUACAGCCGACAUGGGCUGACCGCGGAUGAGGACGAGAAGCAGGACACCGAGAUCUUCCACAGGACCAUGCGGAAGCGCCUGGAGUCCUUCAAGUCGGCCAAGCUGGGGAUCAACCCCCACAAGAAGGCCGCUAAGCUGCUCAAGAGGGAGCGCGCCCAGAAGCGGAGAAACAGCAGCAUUCCCAACGGGAAACUGCCGAUGGUGAGCUCCCUGCAGGACUUCACCAUCAAGGAGAAAGAUUUGGAACUCUCAGACACUGAGGAAGCCCCCAACUAUGAUGAUGAGAUGAGUGGCGGGAUCGAGUUCCUGGCAAACAUCGGGCAGGACACAGCGACAGACUCCCCCUCAGGAAUUGACAACCCCGCGUUUUCCCUGGAGGAGAGCCCCGGCAUCCUCUCUGGGGUGCCGCCCUGGCUGUGUCCCGGGGAGGCGGUGGUGCCCUCGCAGAGGGCCCGCCUGCAGAUCCCCCACUCCCCCGGCAACUUCCACCGCCUGGCGCCCUUCCGCCUCAGCGGCAAGUCCGUGGACUCGUUCCUGCUGGCCGACGGCCCCGAGGAGCAGCCGCACGCCGCCCCGCCCGAGUCCACACACAUGUGACACCGGCUCCGACGCGCCACUGACCGGACGCUCGUCCCCGCCCGCCGUCGAGAAGCCCCCGCGCGCGCGCGCCCCGAGCCCGGCCCCGCCCAGCCCCGCGCAGGCCCGCCCACCCCGCGAAGCCCCGCGCCCGCGGCACCGCCCGAGCCCGAGCCCGAGCCCGCGGCGGGGCCCGCGCAGGGGGCGGGGCCGGAGCGCCGCGGGCUGCUGGGCGCGCACGCGCGGUCGGCGGCGGCGCGCCGCGUACACAGCCGGCGCUCGUUCCAGCGGCCCCGCGCGCGCCGCCGCCCCGCGCUGCUCAAGCUGGCGUCGCUGCCGCCGUCGUGCCACGCGCCACCGCACGCGCUGGAGCAGGAGGAGACUCCGCUGUGACUGCAGCCCCCCGAGGUCUGCAGACUUGACGUCGCCCCCGGGGGUGACCCCCACGGCCGCCCUCCGGGGGUCUCCACUCCGUCACGGCCGCACCUCCGAGGGUCUCCACUCCGCCACGGCCGCGGAUCCCGGGGGGCUCCACUCUGCCACGGCCGCACACCCCGGGGGGCUCCACUCCGCCACGGCCGCCCCCACGGGUCUCUGCUCCUAUCACGGCCACCCUCCUAGGAUCUGCACCCAUUACCUCGCCCCAGGGGAUGACCUCGACCCUCACGACCUCGCCUCUUAGGGGUUCCCACCUGCCCCUCCCAGCUGAGCCACCGUCACUGCCCGCCCCCACGCAUGGUCUCCACUCCCGCCACAGCGGCCCACCUGGGGGUCUGCUCGCAUGGCCGCAGUUUCUUAGGGUUGUGCCCUCCGUGGCCUGCCUCCCAAGGGGUCUUCUGGUGACCUGGAGUAGCCCUGGACACUCACCGAUCCGGUUAGGUGCUGGGAUGUACAGGAGCUGAACUUGGGACCAAAUGAGCUGCAAGAUCUGAGCCGAGGCAUUCUCUGGGGUUCCUGUGGAGAGGCCUGCUGCGGGUGGGAGGUGGGCAUGAGCCUUCCCCCGUCUGGGAGGCUCCCUUGCAGGCCCUCUGUCCACCUGUCCUGGACCUGAGCUGAGCCAGCAUUUGUGACUGGCUGUUUCCACCCCUGACUCAGGGACAGUUUGUGCUUCAGUCCCUGCCACCUGUGUCCAUUCUCAUCAGCUCUGCUGGGGAAACGACCAAAACCAGAUGAGACUUGCCCACCGUGAUACCCACCCAGGCUGGCCUCUCCCAAAGCGCCCCCUGGACUGUCAGCCCCAGGGUGGGGGGAGCCCUUACCCCAGGGUGGGAUGUGACCACUCACCAGGUCUUUGAACCACCUGUCACCUUAGGGACCGUAGGCACGGCUGCAGAAGCAUCUUUUGUUUGCUUAUCCUUUUCGUGUUGAGAUUCCCAGAGCCUGAUGCUUGCUCACCCUGCACAGACCCAGCCUCAGAAUGGGGGCCUCUGGGCACCAGGCUCUAAACUUCCCCAAGCCCCUGGUCUGUGGCUUGAGCUGCCUCACCUGAUGCUGGACGAUGGCCCAGGCUGGGUUAGGGGUUGCAGUGACCCAGUGGACAGGCCCACACAGCCCCAGCAGAUUGUGGGCCUGCCAGCAAGCAGUCCUCUUUAGAGUCACAGCUGGCCCUGCUCACACAGAGAGGGGAUGAGGGGGAUUGGACCCGCCCCCCCCACGCCCACCCCACCCUCAGGGGCUCAGGAACGUGGCCUUGGACAGAGGCCUCGGUCCUCACCCGCUCCUCAGGAGGGUUUGCAAGGCAGUCAAGGAGCAGAGGGUCAGGGGCUCCCGGAAGCUUCUGUGCAGCAGCUCAGCCCUGCUCAGGGAAUUGUCCGCUGUGCUGUGACCACAUCCUCUGUGUGUCCUUGCAGCCCCCCCCGUGCCCCCCGACUGUGGCAAUUCGCAGGUCCCCAGUGGCCCUGGUGGAAAGUCUACACUGAGCUGCUGAGAGAAGCAGGGAGCAGCAGGGAGGGUGGCUGUGGCCCACGUCACCCAGGGAUGGCCCGUAGGCUGAUGUGCAGGCCUGCUCACCACCCGAGUUGCUUGCUCAGCUGUCACCAGGACAGGAGUGAUGUGGUUUGCAAUGCUUGUUCUCACAUUCACAGCCACUUUGACCCAUUCUCUGAGCACAAGAGCCAGCCUUCGUCUGUCCCACAAGCCUGGCGGAAGGCACAUUCUCCAUCCACUCUGCAGGGGUGGUUCGUCCCGAGCAGGCGGGCUGGCCCAGGCGCCACAGCCCAGCUGUCCAGCAUCUCCAGCUGCCUUAACAACUCUCCUGGACCGCUGGACCCAGAUCUGAUUCCUCACUGCAGGGCCAGAGGCUGAGACACCCACUUGACACUGUAGACACUGAACUUCUGCGUGGCCGACCUCCCCUGGGCCAGCUGUGCCGCGGAGAGCAGGCAUUGCUUGUUGUCAACCUGCACAGGCUGAGCAGUGUCCGAGGUUCCAGCGAGACAUCCAGCCCAAGAGACUGUUUUGUCUGUGACACAGCGUUAUAAGCCAUAGUACUGUAGACACGUUUCAUAAAUGAGAAUCUGAGCUGUUCUUGUCAUUGUAAAACAGAAUGUAAACAGUCUUAUGAAUGUAUUUCCUUAGAAAAACUGUUGUAAAAUUUUUUUAUUAGGAAGAUUCUUAUUUAUUUAAUACUGAACAUUGGCCGACUUUGUGAUAUAAAGCACACAAAUUUAGGGGUCAUUCUCUCACUUCUACAUCUUCUUGGGAAUAAUUUUAGUGCAGUGCUCAAUGAACUAUUGAUUUCUAUUGUUAGAGAUUUAAUGGAGGAAUUUCAUUGAAACUGGAAUGGGAAUGUAUUUUACAUUAUGAGUGGUGAAAACUGUGGAUGCUGGUUUUGUGAAUGUAACCCUGUCAAGCUGUGUGACCCUCAUCAUGACCACGUGCCUUAAAGCACUGCCCGUGUGCUGUCAACAGUGUCUGGGCGGAGCCCACCACAGACCCUGCAGCAGCCUGAUCAAGUCUAUUAAAAAUAUUACAAGACA